AUGACAGCAGCCAACCCGGUUCUCUACGAUCCAAACACACCGCUACCCAAUGCUGACGAUUCAAAUCAACUAGUAGUACUUCCUGGGAAGAAGCGGAAAAUACGAGAUGAUGGCCCUCUGCCAAAGAAAAAGAGUGCCACAGGAGGAAAAAAGGGCAAAAAUUUUGCCAAAGAAAAAGAGAAACAAAAAAUUACGAAGAAGAUGAAAAGGCAGUUGGCGGCUGUUCAACAACGAAAAGCGAAUAAACUAACGCAAGAAGAACUGUUUGCGAGUCUAGCGGAAUAUCAGUUGGAUUCGAAAAAGCUGAGUCAACUCGCUUCAUCGAGUCAUAUGCAGGACAAAUUUAAAAGGAUGAAAGUGUGCUCCUCGAAAGAACGAGUACAAGAAAAUUACUUUCCCACCGAUGAUGAAAGUUCUGAUGAGAGCGAAAAUGAGGACACCGAGGUUCCAGUAAGUUUUUCGAGUGGUUUGCUUCUCAUCACAUGUUUUCUUUUUGUUACCAUCAUAUGUGGUGAAACAGGCUCAGGGAAGACAACUCAAAUUCCACAGUUUCUUUAUGAAGCGGGGUACGCGAGUAAUGGUCAAUUGAUCGGAAUUACUGAACCUCGACGAGUGGCGGCGAUAUCUAUGGCGCAACGUGUUGGCCAAGAGUUAGGCUCACCAGAUAUCGUUUCAUAUCAGAUUCGAUAUGAAGGAAAUCGCACACCUGAGACGAAAAUCCUGUUCAUGACAGAUGGUGUUCUAAUGAAGGAAAUGGAGUCCGAUGUAAUGUUGAAAAAGUAUUCAGCCAUUCUCAUUGAUGAAGCACAUGAACGGUCAAUGUACAGUGAUGUGUUGAUCGGUAUGUUGAGCAGGAUAGCACCACUUCGAGCGAAAACAGCGAAUCCUUUAAAAUUAAUAAUCAUGUCGGCCACUCUUCGAUUGGAUGACUUUACUCAUAGAAGGUUAUUUCCCAUCUUGAAGCCUAACGUUAUAAAUGUGGAGUCCCGACAAUUCCCAGUUACGGUGCAUUUCGAAAAACGGACACCCGAGGAUUAUAUGAUGGGUAUUUUCAGAAAGGUGUGUCGAAUUCACGAAACACUCCCUGACGGUGCGAUUUUAGUGUUUGUGAGUGGUCAACAAGAGGUUCGGCAUCUAGUGAAGAAGCUCGUCAGUAGAUAUACAGUACGUUCAACAGAUUCUGAUGGUCAAGUAUAUAUACGAGGUAGUAAAAAGUGGAAACAGAAGCAACUAGAGGCUGCGCAAAACUUGAAACUCGAAGAUUUCGUCGAAGAUCGAACAUACUCUUUUGACGGGGAAGACCUCCAGGAAACCGGUGCUUGUGAUACGUUGUGGGACGACUAUGAAGCAGAGGAUGAGGACCCGACGGAAGAGUUGGACUUUCCGAUGCCAGCUCCAUCUGCAUCAUGUCCACCUCUUUACUGUUUGCCUUUGUAUUCCCUAUUAUCCACAGAAAAACAACGUCGGGUCUUUGAACCGCCUCCAGAGGGAACGAGGAUGUGUGUAAUCGCAACGAAUGUGGCAGAAACAUCACUCACGAUUCCUGGUGUAAAAUAUGUGGUUGACAGUGGAUUCGAAAAACGUAGGCUAUACGACCCAGUGACCGGUGUAUCGAAAUUUGUCGUAGACCGCAUAAGUCAAGCAUCGGCCGAUCAACGAGCUGGAAGAGCGGGCCGCAUUGCUCCUGGACAUGCUUACAGGUCUUUUAGCUGUAGAAUUUAUGCAAACGUGAAAUUUUCUCGUCCGGAAAUUCUCGAAAAACCUGCGGAUCAGCUAGUGCUGCAUUUGAAGUCAAUGAACAUUGUUAAGGUUAUCAAUUUCCCGUUUCCAUCACAACCAGACUCUGAGACGCUAGCGGCAGCUGAAGAAAGGCUGAUCAAACUUGGGGCUCUCGCGAAGACAACGAAAAAUGGGAAGACUGAAGCUCGGAUAACACCGUUAGGUAGAACGCUGUCAGUGUUCCCGCUAGCACCAGCCUACGCAAAGGUGAUAGCUAUGGCUAAUCAGCACGGUCUCAUGCCCUACGCAAUUCUACUCAUUGCAGCACUUUCUGUACGUGAGCCGCUGGUGCCACUUUCGUCGAUUCGAGGAGAAACCGAUGAGGAAACGAAGGAAAAGAUGACGGCAUUGUUGAAACUGCGAAGAGGAUGUGGUUUCUGCUCCUAUGUAACUGAAAAGGUUGGAUGUACAUUCUCUCUGAGGCACAAGGCAAUGAUGGAGAUUCGACGGUUGCGCACGCAGUUGACUAAUAUUGUAAAUACGUCGUUCAAGUCAAGUGCGGACGUCGUAAUGGAUCCCUGCCUUCCCCCUCCAACUGAUGCCCAAGCGCAGAUGUUGAGACAAAUGAUGGUUGCCGGUCUGGCAGAUCGUAUUGCUCGGCGAGUGGAUCGAUCAGCUGAUAACGAAGAGGUACCUAAAGGCGCCUAUCAGACCAUGAAACUUCAGGAAUUCGUUUUCAUUGAUCCGUGCAGCGUCAUUUACACUGACGAACCAGACUACGUCAUCUACCAGGAAAUAGUUCAGUUAGGAGAUCGCAAAUGCAUGCAGGGUGUGAUGAUGGUUGAUCAUGAAUGGCUGCCCAGACUUGCUGAAUCGUACUGUAACUUUGCUCCAAUGGAUAAGGAUGCCGAGCCAAGGUACGACAGUGAAAAAGAUCUCAUAGUGAAAAGCGUGGAAGUGACGUUCGGUCCAUUAGAGUGGCGCCUUAAUCCGAUUGAGCGACCCAUUCCUAACGAUAUUAUGUUGUACAGAUUCUUCGCUCAAUUUUUCUUAGCAGGAGAGGUGAUGCCACUGUUAGCCCAGUUCGUUCCAAAAAUGUUGGCCCCACCUACGACAAUGAUACGGUCAUGGGCGAAAUUACAGAAGAGGACUGAGAGUCUACUCAAUGCUCUUGUACUAAAAGAGGUCCACACAAAGGCGGCACUGGUUGAAGAGUUCAGCAAGGACGAAAACUAUCUGCUGGAAGAAUAUUUAGAUUGGCUACCGGAAUCAUUACAUGGUACGGUAACGGUGAUGUGGCCGCCGUUGGAGGAUAAGUCUUCCAAGAUGGGAAGGAAUAAAAUUUAUUGUAAGCCUUCGAAGUGA